AUGAGUGAACUUCAAAAGUCUUUUGCCAAAGCAAAACUGGCCAAGUUCCCGUCCGAACUUCCUCCUGUCCCGAGCAUGGAACCCCACGAGGAAGCCGACGAGGAUACCUCGUCCGUCUCGUCCACGGGCAUAGUGGUGCCUUCGCCAACAAGUCAAUUGUUUUCGAGACCAGCUCGAGGCUCUACCUCCACAACCCUCCCCUGGACCGACUUCUUCACUCAGGAAUUCUUCUUGACGCAAGAAACCGCCACUGCCCGCAUCACCCACCAUGUCUACCUGACUCCCCCGAGCUCCUCGGGUCCCCUAUUUGUCAUGCACCACGGGGCAGGUUCCUCGGGUCUAUCAUUUGCGACCUGUGCCGCAGAGAUCCGAAAGAUUUUACCAAGCGCCGGGGUUCUCUCUAUUGACGCUCGGGAUCACGGCCAAACGGCCGUGAACGCCGCUACGGUCCCCGAAGGCCAGGAGCCGCCCCCAGUCGAGCUGGAUCUGACUCUGUCGACACUCAACCGGGACCUCGUCUUUGUGGUCCGCGAGACCCAGUCACGCAUGGGCUGGAACGAUCUCCCGGAUAUCGUCCUCGUAGGACAUAGUCUGGGCGGUGCAGUAGUUACCGACGUGGCGAAGACGGGCGAGUUGGGAGCUAAGGUAUUGGCGUAUGCGGUAUUGGAUGUUGUAGAGGGCUCGGCAAUGGAUGCCCUUCAAAGCAUGGAGAAAUAUCUCUCCACGCGGCCUUCGCAUUUUCCAUCGUUAAUUUCCGGAAUAGAAUGGCACUUCAGCACUCGCUCCCGGACAAUCCGAAACCGCACUUCCGCCCGAGUCUCUGUCCCCUCGUUACUCUACGAAGAGGAGACUCCCGCCGACGACCCCUCCAAGCCCUGGAUAUGGCGAACCAACCUCGCCGAAACAAAGCCUUUUUGGGAGAACUGGUUUGUCGGACUGAGUAAAAAGUUUCUCGAGGCUCGCGGCGGCAAAUUACUUCUGUUGGCCGGCACGGACCGGUUGGAUAAGGAAUUGAUGAUUGGGCAGAUGCAGGGUAUUCUCCCCUCGUUCCCGUUUGGCUGUUUAUCUGGUUUCAGCUUGCGCAUCAAGGUAGUGGAAAGCAUGACUAAUGAUCUUACAGGUAAAUAUCAACUCCAAGUCUUCCCGGAAGCAGGCCAUUUCAUCCAGGAAGAUCAACCGACCAAGACGGCCCAGAUCCUGGUGGACUUCUACAAGCGCAAUGAUCGCAGCGCGCUGGUGCUUCCGCCCAAGGUAGCCGAUCUGCAGGCGUCGGCAGCGAUGAAGAAGAGCACGAAGGGUAGGUAG